ACUUCAGUCCCUUUCCCAAUCUCUCUCUUUCUGAUUUCUUUAUUAAGAUUAUGGCCAAAGACGACGCGACGGCGGCGAGAGGGUUCUCAGGCAAGGACUACCACGACCCUCCACCGGCUCCUCUGUUCGACGCGGCGGAGCUAGGCAAGUGGUCUUUUUACAGGGCCAUCAUUGCCGAGUUCAUCGCCACUCUUCUCUUUCUCUAUGUCACCAUCUUGACUGUGAUUGGCUACAGUAGCCAGACCGACACUGACAAACCCGGCGCCGACGCUUGCGACGGCGUUGGAAUCCUCGGCAUCGCUUGGGCCUUUGGCGGCAUGAUCUUCGUCCUUGUCUACUGCACCGCCGGCAUUUCAGGUGGGCACAUCAACCCGGCGGUGACAUUCGGGCUAUUCUUAGCCCGGAAGGUGUCGUUGGUGCGGGCAGUGGCGUACAUGGUGGCUCAGUGCUUAGGGGCCGUAUGUGGGACGGGGCUAGUGAAAGCGUUCCAAAAAGCCUACUACCACAAGUACGGCGGCGGUGCGAACCAACUCGCCCUCGGCUACUCUAAAGGCACAGGCUUGGGGGCUGAAAUCGUCGGUACAUUCAUCUUGGUCUACACCGUCUUCUCCGCCACUGAUCCCAAGCGAAGCGCCAGAGACUCCCAUGUCCCUGUAUUGGCACCACUCCCAAUUGGGUUCGCUGUGUUUAUGGUUCACUUGGCCACGAUCCCCAUCACCGGCACCGGCAUCAACCCCGCUAGAAGCUUCGGCCCGGCUGUUAUCUUGAACCAUGAAAAACCGUGGAAUGAUCAAUGGAUAUUUUGGGUUGGGCCAUUCGUGGGAGCCGCCAUCGCAGCCUUCUACCACCAGUUCAUUUUGAGGGCCGGCGCCGUCAAGGCUCUGGGCUCUUUCAGGAGCAGCCCAUCCGUUUGAUCGCGUUCCAAAAUCAAAGCCCAUUUUAAGCACUUUUAUGUUUUAGUUGGGGGGCGAUGGUUAAAAAAAAAAAGGUUUAUUUUUCCUUUCUUCUUGUAGUAUUUAACUUUUAAUCUUGCCUUAUUGUAGCCACUUGGCUUAUAUCAAUGUUACUUCUCUUUUGCCCCU